CGGCGGGGCGGGGCGGCGGCGGCGGCCGGGCCGGUCGGGCGGGUGCGGGUCGCGGCGCCAUGGACGGGCUGCGGCGCGGCCUGUCGCGCUGGAAGCGCUACCACAUCAAGGUGCACCUGGCGGACGAGGCGCUGCUGCUGCCGCUGACCGUGCGCCCGCGGGACACGCUCAGCGACCUGCGCGCGCAGCUGGUGGGCCAGGGCGUCAGCUCGUGGGGGCGCACCUUCUACUACAACGCGCGGCGGCUGGACGACCACCAGACGGUGCGCGACGCGCGCCUGCAGGACGGGGCGGUGCUGCUGCUGGUCAGCGACCCCAGCAGCCCUCGUUCCAGAAGGUGAAGGGCUGCCCUGGGGCAGCGGAGAGAUGCUGGCUGGAAGAAGCCCACCAGGGUGGAGGGGCGCCUCCCGGAGCCUGGCGCUCACUCCAGGUCUGUGGGUCCCCCAGCAGCCAGAGAAACGCGCCCCGGCUGCUGCUGCCCGUGCGGUCCCAGGUGCGAAUCAGCCAGCGGGCUCUGCUGUGCGACCCGUGGGGUCCGGCUCCCCUCCCGGGGCCUGGCGUACCCCGUCCACUGCGGCCACCCUCCCUCGGACCCUCAGAAAUGCCACCCGCGUGAAGAAACGCAGAGAGAAGAGGAGGCCUGCUGCUGCGCCCCGUGCCUGUCCCCUGG